AUGUUUGUCCAUAUCAACGUCCAGCAUCUAGUGCCCACUUCCAUUGUCAAUCCACACCCACAAUCCAACAUUCCCUUCUCAAUACCGGUCUCUGCUAUAUCUCAUACGUCAGGUUCUAGCAAUAGUCAUCGCACUUCUCAGUCACCUUAUGUUGUCCUCGCAUUGGAGGAUACGUUCCGGAUUCCGACUAGGGGUUCUGAUUCUGCGGAAGAACUUGACUCCAGUGCAAGCGGCUCACGGCGGUGCGGAUGUAAUUUGCAGAGAGAUUCAGAAGAAGAUCUGGUGGUCAUUCCUCCACUUGGAGAUCGUGAAGUCAAAGACGCUUGGGAGGUGUUGGCCAACGAGAGGAUGGAAAUUGACAAUAAGCUGGAUGAACUUGGUAUGGAACCGGAGAUCGAGUGGGAUUGUAUUUCAUCCCAGGUACCCUGGAGAAGCUCUUCUCCCGGCCCCUCUUUGAGUCCCCCACUGUCUAAUAAUUGUUGGACACCGCGGUGGAGAGUCGAAGCACUUAGUAGGAUUGGAGCUCGAGUUCUGGAUCGGACUAGUAGUGGAGAUGGUGUGGACAUGGACAACAACAAUGCUUCCACGUCUGAGGGAAAUAAUGGUGGUGACUUCCGAAGGUAG